ACCGACUGCAUACCGUCUAGAACAUCGCUCGUCGCCCAGAUUGCUCUAAAACACGGUCGCGUUGCCCGAUACUACCAGUUGGUGAAAUCUCAGAUUCUCAUUUGUUUGUGGCGGCGGUUAGCGCCAUGGUUCCCCAAAUCAAACAGGACCCCGACGCGGCAUCACCGUAUAUCAAGCCCGACCCGGACAGCAAAGAUGCUGUUCUUGCCGACAUCGACGAUGAUGAAGAUCUCUAUGAAGAUGCAGGCGAUCUAGACUUUUCGAACGCGGCGCAGAGCGUAUGGCUCUCCCGCAUUCCUCGAACGCUCUGGGAGCAUUGGAACAACCUCGACGACGAUGAAGAAAUUCAGAUCGGGACGGUUAGGAUCGAGGGCCCUUUAAACGAUAUCAAAAGGGUCAGUUUGCGUAUCAAUGAACGGGAGGAGAACCACGAUAUCCCAAAAGACUACCUAUUGCAACGGCAAACAAUAAACACAGAACAAGUCUCCUCUCACUCUACGCAAAAUACGUAUUUAUUCACAGAAAAGGAUAUUCCCGGCCAUGAGAAUCGGAUGAUCACUUUUGGCGAGGCGCGGUCAGCCCUGUACGAGUCGAUGAAGCGAGAAGCAAAGAAGAAGGAGCGGAAGAAGAAGUGGGAGCCUUAUGUGCGGAAGACAGUGCCUAAACAAACUGCCCUUGUAGGCAGUGUUUCCGAGGAGUUCAACUGUCUCCCUGUGGAGAACGAAGAGUUCCGGCUACUCUCAGAACAGAAAGUCUUGCAAUCUCUCAAACCGAAACGCGAAACCGUCUUCAUCGACAAGGUCCCUGGAAAGCUCCUUCAGGCCAGAAACAUUUUACCGGGAGAAAAGGGCGCCUUCGUGCAAGCAACAAAGGCGGCAAAGCUCAAGCCUCAAGAAAACAAGACGACGCGUAUGCCACAAAACGAGCUUCUGGAUCUCAUUUACCAGUGCUUCCGAGAGUACAGAUACUGGCCAUUUAAGGCGCUCAAAGCAAGACUCCGACAACCCGAGGCAUAUCUUAAGCAAACGUUGGAGAUGAUUGGUCACCUUGUCAAAUCCGGCGAUUUUGCUAUGACUUGGGAGCUCAAACCAGAAGCGAAAGAAAGCAGCUAUGCGAAUGCGUUGUCAUACGGUGAUGCAAAGGAGGAGAUGGCGCCUGGUGCCGAUUACAACUUCGACGACGCCUCCGAUGAGGAAGCAACACCCGGAAUGUUCACAGAUAACGAUGAAAUGCAGUUUGAGAAUGUUCCCUAAAGACCAUUGGAUUUAUCUAGCAUAAGCAAGGUCAUGGCGUUCGUCUUGGGUUCUCUGUUGGGUUGAUUUCAUAAAGGCCAUUCUGGAGUUAUCAAUUGUGGGCUUAGAUGCCAAACCAUAGUAUACAAACAAAUGCAUCAAUUCACA